UCCGGCAUUAAAUGGCACACGUGAAUGCAAGUCUUCUCUCCCAAUAUCUGCCAUAAAUCAUAACAGUCUAGCGAUGGAUCCGGCAGUCGAUACACCAUACCGAAAAAUUGAUCUCGACACCAUCAAUGAGCUAUACUUCCAAAUCGGCAAGCUGAGAAAAGCUUGUAAUAAUCUCCUGGAGAAGGACGAAGUCCUCAACAAAGCAGAAUUAAAGAACCGUAUCGGAAAUGACGUUAGCGAAGCCAUGGACCAGUGGAUCAGUAACAUUUUUUACUCUGUGGCUGGAAAUCUGACCAUUGGGGGUGACAACUGUGACAAGAAUGCGUUGGACCUCGACGCGGAGCCGUACGAGGAAUCCCUGAAACAGAAUGCAGAGUCUGCAGAGAAAUUGGUCAAAGAUCUUUUGGAAGAAGUCAUACAAGCGCGGUGCAAUGUGCCAACGCAGAUGGCUUCUCUAAUGAACGAUGCUCUUUCGCACAUGUUUCCUUCCAACGAUCAGAUCCUGUAUGAAAAACCCAAUUUUGAUCAGUCAAUACCAGGUAAAAUCAUACUUGUGGUUGGAAAGAGACGAACAAACAAAACUGGUGCUGAUUUCGCAUUAUCAGCUGCUCCUCCGGAGAUCCCAGUGGAUGAAGUGUCAAGGAUUUUCAGAGACAGCACACAGAUACUGGCUCAUCUUGAAAAGACUGUUCCUGAGCAAGUAGCAGAAAACGAACAACUUCAGUCGAUCCUGCAAACGUAUUUUUCAAACGAAUGAUCCACACCAUCGUCACUGUUCUUAGUUUCCCCUGUCCAUUCCCAUCAUGUUCGCAUACGUUGAGGAGUUAACGCAGGCGCUACAGUCUCCUCAAUCUACUAUACGCUACAUC